GCGGAGGGUGGGCUUGGCUUGUCGUCAUUCGUGAUGAUCACCAAUGUCAUGCCUCCGGGUGGCGGCGGGACCACAGACUAUCGACAAUAUUACUGCGGCAACGCUUUGCUGGGCUCGGCGGGAAGGGUUGGAUGGCUGGGUGGUGAUAUUGAGGUGGUGGCAUUGGUGGCACUGGGGUGUUAAAAUUGGAGGCGAGCUAGGCGGCGAGGACUAGGUGUAGAAUAGAC